CUUCGAAAUGAAAAGGGAAGAAAUCCUCGCUAUCAAACCCUCAAACCCCAAAGCGGAACCCUUGAAAUUGUCGACUCUUUCAUUUUUGAAAAUUUUGGAUUCUUUCAAUUCUGAAAACCUUAAUUCCCUUUAAAGAGAAGAAUUCCCUCCGAAGAGAAGAAGAAGGUAUGUCAAUGAUGAUUCUACCGGAAGAUAUUCAGCACAACAGUCAGUAUUUGAUUGUGGAGGAGCCGUUGUGAUGAAUUUCCCCUUUGAAGCUGAGUCAAGUCUUGCAUGGAUCAAAAAGAGGAAAAAAGUGGAAACUAUUGUAUUUAAUAUUUGGGGUUCCUGUAAUGGCCUGAUUUGCUUAGGCAUCCGCAUGUCUCCUGAAACGAAGGAGGAGGAGGACCCUGCAACUAGAGAAUAUAAGAAAAUAUCAUUACCCAUAUGUGAUGGUUAUUACAGUGUAAGGUAUGGGUUUGGUUACGAUAACAGUAUUGAUGAUUACCAGUUGGUGUCAGUUACGGAUUAUGAAUAUGCUGGCUCUUUCAAGAUUAAAGUUUAUACAUUGGGUUCAGAUUCAUGGAGUACAAUUCGGACCCCCGUCCCUUACUCGGUUCCUGUUGAUAUAACUCACGGUUUACUUUUCAAGGGAGCUCUUCAUUGGUUAGGUACUACCACUGAUCAAAAAUCUUCGGCUGAAGUUAUAAUUUCUUUUGAUGUCAGUAGUAAGAGACUCAUGGGUUUGAGUUUUCCUGAAAGAAGUCUUGUAAGAACUAUGAACUAUCCAAUUCAUAGAAGAGUGUGUAAAAAUGUGGCAGUGUUGGGAGACCACCUCUGUUUAGCUUUCAUCGAAUGUUCCAAAGUAGAUCUAUGGUUGAUGCAGGAUUAUGGGGUGAGAGAAUCUUGGACCAAGCAAUUCACGUGUACCCGGCUGUCAUUGACCCGACGAUUAUUGUGUAAGCCGAUAUGGUGUCUGGAAAGUGGCGAGAUUCUAAUACAAACGGACCAGGAUUUAGUUUUAUAUGAUCAGAGGAAUAAUACAACUAGAAAUGUUCGCAUCUGUGGUGAUACUAUGGGAAGUAAUCUAGAGACGUACGUGGAGAGCAUAGUUUCUCUUAAAUCUGGUACGUAUGUGGAGAUGCCUAGGUCAAGGAGAACCAUGAUGAAGGAUGCUACUAAGUCGAGGAAAACCAUGACAAGGCGUGCUACAAGACAUUAAGCUGCCCAUUUAUGAAGAUUUGUGUGUCCUAUUUGUGAUUCAUCCCAUGUCCCAGCAGAGAACAAUGAUGUCGAGACACCAAAUCUGUCAUCCAAGCAAGGCUCGUCUGCUUUUAAUAGAGAAGAGGAAGUGAGUGAAAGCUCCGAUGCUACAUGUAGUUAUUGGGGAACGUGAAUAGCUCCAAGUAAGAAAGCGGCAAGCAUUAGUUUAGGAUCAUGAUGUGACUACAUAGAAUUAUUUUUCCGCUGCUGACCUACUAAACGAUCCUUACUCCAAAACUGUACCAAGGACUUACAGUCUCUUGAAGGUGUGAGUAAUCGAAAUAUAAUGGCUGCAGCCUAGUUUGCUUAAGUAAUGGUAAAAAAGUCAUGGGUCAUAGGUUUUCAGAUAGGUUUGAUUUUGGUAAGGUAUUUCCUUUUGAACUGGUUGUUUUUAUUGUUAUUAAAAGUUGAGGAUGGUUAGACA